UAUUCUUCUUUUUCCUUUUCCUUUUUCUUCUGCGACGGGGACGUUAGCGGAGGCGGUAGCAAGUCCUCGAGUACCUUCUGCGGCAGCGGCAGCCACAGAAGCUCCUCUUUCUUCUUAUUCUUUGGCGGCGUCAGCGGAAGCCCCUCCUGUUUCUUCUUCUUAUCUGGCAGCGGUGGAGGCGGAGCCUUCUCCUCUUUCGUUUUCUCCUCCGGCGACAGGCGUCGGUUGCGGUGGCAGUGGCAAUGGAAGACCCUUCUUUUUUCUCCGGCGGCGGCGCCAGGACGACGGAGCCUCCUCAUUCGCUGGCGGGAUUGUCGCCCCUUCUUAUAUCUUCUUCUUUUCCGGCGGCGGUGGACGGCAGCAGUGCCUCCUACUCCUCUUUCGUUUUCUCCUCCGACGUCAACGCAGGGAUGGCAACGACAACCCCUCAUCUUUCUUAUUUUUCUCGGACGGCGGUGCAGCAGCUGCCGGGGGGCAAGCAGUGUUUGUAGGUAUACAACUACUCUCGCCGUCGCCGGGAUCGGUAGACAACACAAUUAUAAUUGGUAGCCGUUGACACCAGCAUUGACCAAAUUGUGUGGACAAAUGGGAAAAUAAAAAAAAAUACUCCCAAAUCGGGGCAGCUUUGGCAGACAAAAGAACAAUUCCAAAUAUGGGCAUGGGGAUUCAAAGCUACCAAAAGCACGUACAUACUAAUUAAUUAAUACAAAAUAUAAAUCAAGAAUCCGAUCGUUACCAGAAUUGAAAUUAUGAAGAACAGAAAUCGGGGAAAGGUAUCGCGGAGAUGGAUUUUGAUCCUUUGUGUCCUCAGCUUCGGCCUCGGCGUGCUUUUCAGCAACAGAAUGUGGGCUCUUUCGCUCUUGGAGAAUCAGAGUCUCUAUCCGGGAGCAGGAGCAGGAACGGCAUGUAAUGGCUGUGAAGAACAUAAGGAGUUGAUUCGGAAAGAGGAAGUAAUUAAAGAGUUUAGCAAAACGCACGAGGCUAUCGAAUCAUUGGAUUCUUCUGUUUCUAAAUUAUGCUCGGAGCUGCCAUCCAUUAAUAAGGCCUACAAGGUCGAAAACAGUGAGAACUCAACACACUUUUCAGCCUACAAUGGCUAUAAUGCAAUGAAGAAGAAGAGGGCAUUCAUGGUCAUUGGCAUCAACACAGCAUUUAGCAGUCGAAAGAGGCGCGAUUCUGUAAGAGAAACAUGGAUGCCUCGAGGCAAAAGACUGUUACAACUUGAGCAAGAAAAGGGAAUCAUCGUUCGAUUCAUGAUUGGCCACAGCGCAACAUCGAACAGCAUUUUGGACAAAGCCAUCGAUUCUGAGGAAUCCCAGCAUAAAGACUUCCUUAGGCUUGACCAUGUUGAAGGAUAUCAUGAACUAUCGGCCAAGACAAAAUCAUUCUUUUCAACUGCAGUGGAAAUAUGGGAUGCUGAGUUUUAUGUGAAGGUGGAUGAUGAUGUCCAUGUAAAUUUGGGCACUUUAGCGGCAGCCUUGGCACGCCACCGGUCCAAGCCUCGAGUGUACAUAGGAUGUAUGAAAUCUGGACCGGUUCUGCAUCAAAAGAACGUUAAGUACCACGAGCCGGAGUAUUGGAAGUUUGGAGAGGAAGGGAACAAGUACUUUCGACAUGCGACUGGACAGAUAUAUGCUCUGUCCAAGGAACUUGCACAAUAUAUCCACAAUAAUCAGUUGAUUUUGCACAAAUAUGCUAAUGAGGAUGUAACUCUGGGUGCAUGGUUUAUCGGUCUUGACGUAAUGCACAUGGACGAUCGCAGCAUGUGCUGUGGAACACCUCCCGAUUGUGAGAAGAAGAAACAGUCGGGCAACGUUUGUAUUGCAGCGUUUGAUUGGAGCUGCAGUGGGAUUUGUAGAUCUGUUGAGCGAAUCAAGGAAGUUCAUUCCAAGUGCAGCGAAGAUGCCGCCAUUCUUUGGAAUGCUCUGCUCUAGCUACUAUUACUAUUACUAUUUCCAUUUUGCAUGCAGCCAAAACCAAAGCCGGCAGAGCACUUACUUGAUUAGAUUCGGUCAAGAUUUUUCCAAUGCGUACUUUCUGAUUGCG